UUUUUAAGCCUCCCACACAAAUAGACAAAGAAAAGCGGUCCAGAGUCUUCAGACUUACAGGUGACGAGGCCAAAGGAAACCUCCUUUAUCUGCUCUGCCCCAAGAUUCUAAGCUGUCAGCAAAACUCAUUAAGCUUCUUCAAAUUUAAAACUCUAAUACCUUUUUUUUCCUUGCUCGGGAAAAUGCAUUGCAAAGAAGUAUGAAGUGAUUUCUUGGCAGCAAAGUUUCAGUCUGAUAGGUUUUGGCAGUUUCAAGGGACUCAUGUCUUGUGCUUUUGGUCUCUAAAUUUUUGCUGCAACGAUAAGAGUUCUUAUGUAAUUUUGUGGAUGAUUUUAGUCUGUUUGUCUCUCUGCUGCUAUUCUGUAAUGAUUUUCCGAUGCUGUUAUUAAGACGGACAUUCAAUGCAAGCUAUAGAUUUACUGUUUUGUCACACUAGCUGCAUUUUUUAAAUUUUUUAUUAAUUCUUUUCUUUCUUCAUGCAGACUUAGUUGCAAUUACUGGAUUCAGCUUGCCAAAAGCUGGUUGAAAUGAUUUCAUAUGGAUUGACUGGGAGUUUGAUCAACAAUCAAGGAGAUGGACUUCAUUGAUUUCUUUUAAAUCAAUUUAUUAGUGAAGAGCUCUUGUAAUUUUUUACAACAUUAAUUUACAAUGUGGAAGACUUUCCUUUUGUGAUGUUACUUGUAUUUAGACUUUAGAGUAGAUGAAGUGGAAUUCAAUCAAUUGGUAGAGAUGUCACUUUGCCAAGAAAUUGAGGAGUUGUGUAAUGAUGACUUUGAGGGAUCAGAUGAUGAGUGCCCUGUUUUCAGAGAGGCCGUCAUUGGUAGUGACACUGACCACACUAGUACGAGGUGCCUUGUUGCUGGAGCUACUAACUUUGAGUGUGAAUCUGGUAUGAACACAGACACAUCACUUUCUUCUAACAGUGAAAAAUCAGCUGUAACGAGGCAUUCUUCCACCAAAAAUAUACACUCAGAGGAUAUUUAUAAUGUAUCUGAAAACCAUUUCACUUAUCAAAAAAAAAAUAAUGUAUCUGAAGAUUGUAGAGACAACUUUGCUCCAGGGUGUCCUGUGGACGGAUUUACUUUGGUCAAGUGGAAUGAUGAGGAUGUGAGUGCUAAGCGAAUGAAGUUUUCAGUGAAUGAACAGCCUAAACAUAUACCUGGUUCAGGAAAGAUUCAGAAUUCAUCAGUGGUUCCAAGAGAAAUUGUUACAAACAUGUUCUGCCCAUCUAGAGACUCUGUUGGCGAAACAAUAACAGUCUGUGUUGUUGAAUCAUCAAGUCAUGGUGUCACAUCUAGUUGCCAUCUGUUGAGGCAACAUUUAGAAAUUGACAGACUGGGUGUUGCGAGCAACAAAGACGUUCUAAAGUGUAAAAUUCUGGGCAUAAAUGGGAAUGAUGGAAAAGAAGUGGUUUCUAGUGAAGCCAUCGCUUCACCUGUUUCCCAGGAAAGCUUUGUGACCAGUUUAUUGUUUUCAAGCCCAUCUGUCACCGUUGCAGAGCAGUCUGGAUCGCAACUUACUGUGGAAAGAACAAAGCUAUUGGAAUCUCCAAAAAUGGAUGGAUCGAAUUUGUAUCUGAAGACUGACCCUGUAAAGGAUCCUCGUCCUCUUCUCCAGUACUAUGUCAUUCACCUGCUUGGGGCAGCAGGAUGGCGUAUUGAGAGGCGUAAAAGACCUAGUAGGCGAUAUAUGGAGUCAGUCUAUCUAACACCAAAGGGAAAGCUGAUUCGUGAAUUCCCUAAAGUUUGGAGGUUAUGUGGCGAGCUUUUAUUCGAAGAUAGGUGUAUUUUUAUGCAGGAAGAUGAUGGUAAGGAAUGGGUUGAUUUUAGUCACUUCUAUUCGGAUCUUUCUGAUGUAUUGAUGAAUAUAGAACGAGAGACGAAUCAUUCAGAAACUACUAGCACAUUGGUUCAGAGGUGGAGGCUUUUAAAUCCCUUCGUGACUGUUGUGUUUAUUGAUAGAAAGAUUGGUGCAUUGAGAAAGGGAGAGGUAGUUAAAGUGACUAAACGUUUAGUGAUUGAUAAGAAGGAGAAAACUGAUGCUGUUUUGGUCUUGACAAGCAGUGUUGAACAUCAUUUUCCACAGAGACAGGUGUCAGCUGAAGAUGCAUUGACAGAGUUUAAGGGGAACUACCAUGCCUGCCAUAAAAAAGUCUCCGGGCAGAAAAAUAACGGGGCAGUGGAAUUUCUGACAGGCGUAUCUGCUUAUGGGGCUGAUAGUACGUGUUUAGUGGAUACCAUUAAGGGGAUGGAAAAUCAAUGUAGUGGAAUAUCUGGGAACAAAAUAAGCAGUCUGGGUUUAACUUCUUUACAAGGUUGUGCGUCUGAUAGCACAUUUUUCCAUUUGGGUUGUUGUCUUUGCAAUGUUUUUGUUACUUCCACAAACAGUAGUGAUGAGCUCAGAGGGUCUGGAGCCAUUACCCCUUAUCCGGAUAGUAAUACAAAUUUGCCAAGCUCUGAUAAACAGGCUUCUGACCACAAUGUGGACACACCUAAAGAAGUUGCAGAGUAUGUGCCAAGGGACUCUUUGGAGGAGAAAAAUAAAUGUCUAGUAGGCAAAAAUACUGAUAAGCUGGAAAGUCAUCUGCAGGGAUCAUUGGUUGACCAUCCAAACUGCACAAAUGAUCAUCUGUAUCACUCACAGGAUUUGGAGGCAGAUCAGCAAUCUGAACAUAGUGAACGUGAACGCGAGAAGUGCUCUGAAGCUUCAAAGUUCAAAAUGGUGGAUACAUUUUCUUCAGUAGAUAUUAUUAGGAAAAGGAAGACACACAGGAAGUCUAGAAAGAUCUCAGAAAUCAAACUGAGCACAUUAUACCAAAGUGACAUUGUAGGUACAACUUCUACUGACGCGGUCGGCAUGCCGAAUAUCAAAGAACAAGGGACUCGGUCAGAGUUGAAAGAGGUCCAGGAGAUCCUCAUUGCAGUUACUCCUGCGAAUGCAAGAAAUAAAGGAAGUCGCAAUAACUCCUCAUCUUUAGGCUCUUGCCAGCAUCAAAUCAAGAAAAAAUGCUCAAGGGUGAAGAAAAUGUGUCGUGAUCAUAAUGGUUCUAGAUCGGGAAAAAAGAAACCUUGCCAAAUUGAAGAUGAUGACCUAUUGGUUUCAGCCAUAAUAAAAAACAAGGAUUUCUACCCAAGCACUGCUCAGCAUUCUUCUGAAAAGAAAGCCUGCAAAUCAAGAGCUCUAAGAAAGCUUAAAAGCCAAAAGGGUUGUUGCAGAUUGCUUCCAAGAAGCAUGGGUAGCAGAGGGAAGCAGUUUACAGAUGGAAAGUCGUAUUCUGGAGCAAGAACAGUCUUAUCAUGGUUGAUCGAUGCUGGAGUCAUAUCUCUCAAUGAUGUGAUCCAGUAUCGGAACUCCAAGGAUGAUUCUGUUAUUAAAGAUGGUCCUGUUACCAGGGAUGGUAUUAUUUGUAAAUGUUGCAGUAACGUGCUCACGAUCUCUGAGUUCAAGAUCCAUGCAGGUUUCAAACUGAACCGCCCCUGCUUGAAUCUAUUCAUUAAGUCUGGUAAGCCCUACACAUUAUGCCAGCUUCAAGCCUGGUCCACUGAAUACAAGAUCAGGAAAAAUGGCACUCAGUUGGUGAAAGGGGAUGAGGAUGAUCAGAAUGAUGAUUCAUGUGGGUUGUGUGGUGAUGGAGGCGUGUUAAUAUGCUGUGAUUACUGCCCCUCUACUUUUCAUCAGGCUUGUUUGGCUACAGAGGAGCUCCCUGAAGGCAGCUGGUACUGCCCGAGUUGCACCUGUCGGAUAUGUGGAGAAUUGAUUAAUGAUAAAGAGGCUUCAGGUUCUUCUGAUGCAUUAAAAUGCUCACAGUGCGAGCAUAAAUAUCAUGAGGCAUGCAUGAAAGGAAGGUUUGUAUAUGAGGGAGUAGUAGCGGACACUUGGUUUUGUGGUGGAAGCUGUGAGAAGGUUUACUCAGGUCUCCAGUCUCGUGUUGGGCUCGUCAAUCAUAUUGCUGAUGGUUUUUCAUGGAUACUCCUUAGAUGCAUUCAUGAUGACCAAAAGGUUCAUUCUACCCAACGUUUUGCACUGAAGGCAGAAUGCAAUUCAAGAUUAGCUGUUGCUCUUACAAUUGUGGAGGAAUGCUUUCUGUCCAUGGUGGAUCCAAGGACAGGCAUAGACAUGAUACCCCAAGUUUUGUACAAUUGGGCGUCAGAUUUUGCACGUCUAAAUUUUUAUGGGUUUUACUCAGUGGUCUUGGAGAAAGAUGAUGUGCUUAUUUCUGUAGCAUGCAUCAGGGUGCAUGGAACUACAGUUGCAGAGAUGCCUCUUAUUGCAACUUGCAGCCAAUACCGUCGCCAGGGAAUGUGCCGACGCCUUAUGGCUGCUAUUGAAGAGAUGCUAAUAUCUUUCAAGGUGGAAAAGCUUGUGAUAGCUGCCAUUCCAGAUGUAGUGGAGACAUGGACUGAGGGUUUUGGCUUCAAACUUUUGGAGGACAAUGAAAAGAAAAAUCUGAAUAAGAUCAACUUGAUGGUUUUUCCUGGGACAAUUUUUCUCAAAAAACACUUGUAUGAAAAUCGUAUGGCAGAUAGACAUUAUGGACCAGGUGACAAUUUACCCUCGGAUUAUAAAGUAGAUGCUUGUUCCAAAGGAGAGACCAUGACAGAGUCCCUACAGCAGUCUGAUGGUAACUCCUGCACGAACCUAGUUAAUGCUGAAUCAAUAAUCCUCGACGACAGGUAUUCACAAGGAUGUAAAGGUGACAGUCAAGUGGCAAUCAUUGAUGGUGAUUUGGUACAAGUAGAUAAAUUGUCAGUAGGAAUGGAAGAAUCAACCAAAGUAGUUGUCCAUUCCAAAGGAGAGGCAACGAUUGAAUCCAUAAACCAAGUUGGUGCUGAAAUAGACAUUGAACUUGUGGAAGGCUACAAUUUGCAGGAAUUCAAAGUUGUUGCCAAAGCAGAAGUCAAAUUGGUACAGCAAUCUGAUGGAACCUGCUGUGCGAUUGAAGUUGGCAAUGAAAUAAAAAUUGGACUUUUGGAUGCAACUCUGCAGGAAUCUGAAGAUGGUCACGAAAUGGAAAUCGCUUGCUGUGAGAAGCAAUCUGAUGGAAACUGUUGGGCAGAUGAAGGUGGUGCUGAAUGGGGUAUCAGGUAUACAGAAGGCCAUAAAAUGCAAAUGGGUGAAAACCAAGUAGGAACUUUGCAGGACCAAUUUUCAGAGCUGUCCUGUGGAGGGGUCCCAACAAUAUUAGAGGAUAGCCAGCCUAAAAUAGUUUCUGGUAUUGUAUUCUCAGGAAUGUAUGAUGAAACACAGAUUUAUUUGGACCUACAGCAGCAGCAGCAGCAGCAGAAAAGUAUGAGUUGAAAGAAAAUUUGAAAUAAAUUAUAUGUUGGAAAGAUUCUCUGAGGGUCAGAAAAAUAA